AUGGCUUCACCCACUGUAUCAACACCAUCAUCGGCUAGUUCACCAGCAGCUCUUGCGCCCGCUCCUCCAGUUCUCGCCAUCAAAACCCAAAAUUUAUCAAUUAUGAGCGCCAUGGCGUCAGCAUCCGGGGCUUCUACCCCCACUAUCAUGACAACGAAGGAAUGGGUUAUUCCGCCACGACCGAAGCCUGGACGAAAGCCUGCAACUGACACCCCACCAACAAAGAGGAAGGCUCAAAAUAGGGCCGCUCAACGUGCUUUCAGAGAACGACGGGCUGCGCGAGUAGGUGAAUUAGAGGAACAGCUUGAAGAGGCAAAGGAAGAUCAACAAAGGCGUGAGAAUGAUAUGCGAUUGAAAAUUACUAGACUUGAGGCAGAGGUUACCCGAUUCAAUGGCGAACUUCAAUCAUGGAGAUUACGAUGCGAGACUCUUGAUCGAAUUGCAGAAUACGAAAAGAGGGAGAAGGAAGCUGCAUUCAAGGAACUGGCAUAUCUCAGAAACGGAUUCCAAAGCACAAGCACUGAUGCUGUUCCGCUACCACCCCGCAGGAACCGGCAGUCGACGCAAACCUUACCCACUCUGCCACAACAACAACAACAACAACAACAGAGCCCUUUUGUUCUAGAACUUGAGAUACCAAGUGAAAUCGGAUGUGGCGGAUGCAAGUCUACAAAUGAGUGUGCUUGUGUUGAACAAGUAAUUGCUAUGUCUACUCAAGGUUGUGGCAAUUGCGGCCCUGAUACUCAUUGCCAGUGCUUAGAGGAAUCGCUUAAGGAUGCUAGCACGGAUUUGAAGAGAGCACAUUCUCCUACAAUUGAUGCUACUUUAGAAAAACGUGCUCGUUUGUCGUCUAGGCCUUCUACUCCUCUCGAGAUUGACUUUACUGCCCAGUUCUCAAGACGACAACCAGUCAUCCGUGAGCCAUCACUUCCACCUCAGAUCCUGACACGGCCUGUUGAACCAUGUGGUUUCUGUGAUCAAGCAACAUUUUGCCCAUGUGCUGAAAGGGAGCUCGAGAAUCGUCUUGCACCUCUACUGAAUGAAGUCACACCUCCACCAUCAGAUACAGAUAUUGAAAACACACAGGUUAAACUUCCAUCUAUGCAACCUAAUCAUAUGCAUCGUCCAGUCCCUACUGCAACAACUUCCAAUUCCUGCGCCAAUGGCCCUGGUACUUGCAAACAAUGUAUGAGUGAUCCUAAGGCGGGAUUAUUCUGUCGAUCACUUGCAGCAAUGAGAGCUUCUUCAAAUUCAGCUCCACCAGAUGGAUGCUGUGGAGGUAAUUCUUCUGGUGGUGGCUGUUGCAAGACAAUGGAACCGGCAUCUUCAUCAGAACCACCCCCAAGUUUAUCUGUCGCUGACACCUACAAAACUCUUUCUACCCAUAAGAAUUUCGAUCAAGCUAGUGAUGAGUUGAAUACGUGGUUGGGUCGUCUUCAUGCUACACCGCUCCAACACGCCGGUAGAGCACCCAUGGAAGUGGAGGCUGCAAGUGUUAUGGGUGUACUUAAACUCUUUGACCGAAGAUUUGGGAGAGGUUGA